AGAGAGAGAACGAUGGCGUUUGGGAUGUCUUCCGAAGCCAUUAAUAAGGCUAAACCCUACGUGGCAAUGGUGUCCUUGCAGUUUGGUUACGCAGGAAUGUAUAUCAUCUCCUUGGUGUCCUUGAAGCGAGGCAUGAGCCACUACGUACUUGCCACGUAUCGUCAUGUUGUUGCCACGCUUGUGAUCGCUCCCUUUGCGAUUGUUCUUGAAAAGAAAAUCAGACCUAAGAUGACUCUGCCCAUCUUCCUCAGAAUUGUCGCCCUUGGUUUCCUGGAGCCGGUGCUUGAUCAGAACUUGUAUUAUUUGGGGAUGAAGUACACGUCAGCCACAUUUUCAGCUGCCAUUUUCAAUAUGCUCCCCGCAAUAACCUUUAUAAUGGCAAUCAUCUUCAGGUACAAGCUAGUUUCAUUUUAA